UGACUUGCUGUUUGUUGAGAUGAACGUAUCACAUGGAUCAAUAAAUCAGUCAAGCAGCCACACAUCAGGCCACACGAAGUAACACAACGAACGUGUCCUUGACCAAAAAAUGAGAGACUGUCCGACCUUCCCGCCAAGCAAGCAGCCACGGCUCUACCUGCCUGGCUCGCCAUCCGUUUCCCCGCUCCACCCCUGCUGCCCCUCACUCGUCCCAAACUGGCCGAGGAGCGGCUCUCUGAGCCCAUCGCUGGUCUGCGCAGCCGCUCCCCCGGUUGGGCCUUGCCGGUGGCGACUCGGCAUCAAUCGAUGCACCAGCUGCUGCAGGAAAGACGGGGCAGCGGGAGCAUGUGCUGAGUCUACGGGAGGCCGCUGCGGGUCGGUGGAAGGCUGCAGCGUGGCGCCACUCUCGUCAGAGCGCCUCUGACGGGCAGACAUGUACUUCUCAUACUCCUCUGCACACACACUCACAUCCAACAAACAACCAUUUAGUCAUGUCGUGGUUGCGCCGCCCUUCUCUGUCCACCUGCCUGUCCGCCUGUCUGCGUGUCCGCCUGUCUGCCUGUGUUUCCCCGACUGACCGUCUUCCAUGAUCUCAAUGAGGUAUGAGCCGUGUUGCUCCAUCAUGCGAGGAUUGACGCUACAGCCGAAGCCGUCCAAGAUGUUGAUAUGCGUCUCUGCCGGAAUCGCCAGCUCACCCCGGAUGUGGUCCUUCAUUCCCUCGAUGAAUGACAAUACCUCCGCCAAUGAUCGUGCGUCCGACGAGUACGAGGGCUGGAAGCGCUCGAAAUUAGGCAGGCGGUGCACAUCCGUCGCGGGGUUGACAUCCCUCUCAAUAGGGUCGGGUCGCUGCCUGGUGGACGAGUCCCUGCCGACGAAGAGAACCACGUCAAUCUUACCGGGAGUCUCGUCAGGGUAAGGGCCACGCCACUUGGGAAGCCUGAACGGCACAUGUUCUGCCAAGCUCCCGCCGUUCAUCAAUUGACGUGCG